AUGCAGCCAGUGGCCAGCGAGAGUCAGCUUCGACGCGCGAGGCCAACAGCGGCGGCGAUCAGGAGCGCCCGAUUCCAGCCACCGGCUGACGACAAUCUAGGAGGAGAUCAACCAGGCGAUCUCGGAGAGCGUGUGCCCGGCCCAGGACCAGCGGCGGAGCACUUGGAGACAUCGCGCAUGGGCACUCCGGCCAAACCAAUGCUCAAGAUCGACACGACGGCGUUUGUGCUGCCGAACCUGGCCGGCAAUCUUCCGACAAGCACAAUUGAUCGCAUCAUUCUUGAUAGGCUGCCAAAUAUGCCAUUGGCAGAUCCGUCGUUUUUCCAGCCCUCUCAGAUAGACCUUCUUCUAGGUGCGGAUAUUCUUCCGUCUGUCCUGCUAUCAGGCUGGAGGCCAAACAUAUCCAUAGAGUCCGAAGCAACCAUGGAAACACUUCUCACAAAAUUUUGGGAGGUGGAGGACCUUCCAUUUGGAGUGGGAAAGGAGACGGACAAGUUGUGUGAAGACUUUUUCGUCCGAACAACUACCAGAUCCUGCGACGGGAAAUAUAUAGUAUCCCUGCCCUUCAAGGAUUCAGAGCACAUUGACUUGGGGCAUUCGAGCAGUUCCGCACUCUCACAAUUUCUGAGGAAUGAGACUCGCUUGAAGAAGGAGCCCACUCUCAAAGACACUUAUGACUCAGUGAUCCAAGAAUAUAUCGAUCUUGGCCAUAUGAAGCCGGUGCCUCCGAAUACCGACAAAAUAAAUUUCUAUCUACCCCAUCACGCAGUAUUCAAGCCCGAAAGUGCGACGACAAAAGUUCGCGUAGUUUUCAACGCAUUCAGUCCUUCUUCCAAUGGGAACAGCCUUAAUGACAUCCUGUAUCCAGGGCCAGUACUGCAGUCCGAUCUCACUCUUCAAAUCCUGAAGUGGCGGACGUUUAAAUUCGUUUUCAAUGCCGACAUCACCAAGAUGUAUCGGCAAAUUCUCCUAAACCAAGAACACACCCCGUUUCAGAGAAUCCUCUUUCGAAAUGGCCAAGGGGAUAUAUCCGACUUCGAGCUUUAG